AUGCGCUCGAUAACCAGCCUCGAAACCAUGCGUGCCUCCGCACUUGUCAUCAUGGCAACUCGUUCGCAGGAUCAAGAUUUGGUUGCCGGCGUGGCGUCGGUGCAUGGCGUCAAAGGCCGGGCAAGUUUGCGGGGUCGUGGAGGCGGAUGUCAGAAUAAUGGCCACGGCGAUGCAGAAGCAGUCUCGGUAUCGGCAGGAGAAGAACCAAGGCCUGCAGUACAACGUAGCUGCCGAGUCAUUCCUUCGUUUGGAUGGCAUCCGUGGUUUUCUUAUCAACUGUACGAUGACGUUGCCGCUGAGCCUACGUAUAAACCGCCACCACUGCCAGCGGGAGACGACACGGAUGAAACCGUACUGUUAGCCGCCAAGAAGGUGCAUUAUCAGGCGGUUCUCACACCAUCACCCCAAGAUGAUGGCUUUAUUGCUUCCUUGCCUACACCGAUCCCACUUUCGUCAUUCAUCAGUUCAACCCGUACCCGAUUCGGAGCUUUUCCUCUGGCCCUCGUUGGCGAGAUUGGCCUCGACAAGGCGUUUCGCUUGCCCCAGAAAUGGGACCCUGCAUUGGCCGAAUCCAGAGAUGGUACCUUGACACCUGGCGGCCGAGAGGGGAGGCUAUUAAGUCCUCACCGAGUACGCAUGUCGCACCAAGAAGCCAUUUUUCGUGCCCAGCUCCGUCUUGCAGGCGAAACCGGCAGACCCGUUAGCAUUCACGGAGUCCAAGCUCACGGCAUUCUGUAUGACGUGGUAUCCCAUUGUUGGAAAGGACACGAGAAACACAUUCCAUCGCGACGUGAAAAACGCAUGAUUGCCCCAGGAGCAGAAGACGACUCAGACAAGGAGGAUGCUAACACUGUUACUGUGAAGCCGUACCCGCCACGGAUCUGUCUUCAUUCCUACAGCGGCUCCGUGGAAGGUCUAAAACAGUGGUUUAACCCUACGAACCCAGCAACAAUAUACGUAUCGUUUUCUACGGCAGUGAAUCUCGGCACGGUAUCAAGCCGCAACAAGUUUCCCGAUAUAGUUCGUGCCGUGCCUGAUGACAGGAUUUUAGUGGAAAGUGAUUUACAUUCCGCGGGGGAGAAAAUGGAUGCUGCAUUGGAGGACAUGUAUCGAAGUGUUUGUGAGAUAAAAGGGUGGACAUUGGACGAUGGUAUAUUAAGGGUCGCUAAGAAUUUGGAAGCCUUCAUAUUCGAUAAGGAGUCAUGA